CGUGGGCGGCCGACGGGCGCGUGGGGGAGGGGGCUCGGACUGCUCGGCGCAGCCAGCGGCGCGUGCGAGCCGAGGGCCCGGGCAGCGGGUCACCGCCCCGGGCGAUGAGGGGCUGGCGCUGACAGGGGAGAGCGGGCACGGCGGCGGCGGUUCCGAGGGGACCCGCGACGGCAGCGCCCCGGAGGAGGCUCCCGGCGGGGAGGGCUGCGCUGGCAGCGGCCGCUGAGGGGCCGGCCGGCCGGCCAGCGGGACUGAGGGGACGAGGAGCGCGCUUGGCGUCCGCGCCCCUGUGCCCUCGCCUCAGUUGUCCAAACUUCGGGCUGCGCCCCCUUCCACCCGCCCUCUGCGCCCGGAGUCAACAACUUCUUCAGCCCCGGGAGCUCGCCGCGCGGCGGGGACCAGGAACCUCCGGCGCUGAGAUGUGGCCGUGAGGCGUUGGCGGGCGGCGAGGAGCAGCUCGGCGGCGCCCGGGAGCCGGACGGCGGUUUGGCCGGGGGGUCCGGGGCGCAGGGCCGCGAGCUCUCCGCGCCUCUCCCCCGCCGCCUCCUGCUCGUGCCGUCGCCGGCGCGGCCCCGCGCGGUGCAAGCAGUAGCCGGAGCUGCCAGGCGCCAGGGCCGCGGAGAUGUCGUCGUCGUCGCCUCCGCCGCCGCCGGGGGCUGCCAGCGCCGCCAUCUCGGCCUCGGAGAAAGUGGACGGCUUCACCCGGAAAUCGGUGCGCAAGGCACAGAAGCAGAAGCGCUCCCAGGGCUCGUCGCAGUUCCGCAGCCAGGGCAGCCAGGCGGAGCUCUCCCCCUUGCCCCAGCUCAAAGAUGCCACUUCAAAUGAACAACAAGAGCUUUUUUGUCAGAAGUUGCAGCAGUGUUGUGUACUAUUCGAUUUCAUGGACUCUGUUUCAGACUUGAAGAGCAAAGAAAUUAAAAGAGCAACGUUGAAUGAACUGGUUGAGUAUGUUUCAACUAAUCGUGGUGUACUUGUUGAAUCAGCAUACUCUGCUAUUGUAAAAAUGAUCAGUGCUAACAUCUUUCGUACUCUUCCUCCGAGCGAUAAUCCAGACUUUGAUCCAGAGGAGGAUGAACCCACGCUUGAGGCCUCUUGGCCUCACAUACGAUUGGUGUAUGAAUUCUUCUUAAGAUUUUUGGAGAGCCCUGAUUUCCAGCCUAGCAUUGCAAAGCGAUACAUUGAUCAGAAAUUUGUACAACAGCUCCUGGAGCUUUUUGAUAGUGAAGAUCCCAGAGAACGCGACUUUCUGAAGACUGUUCUGCAUCGGAUUUAUGGGAAAUUCCUUGGAUUAAGAGCAUUUAUCAGAAAACAGAUUAACAACAUUUUCCUCAGGUUUAUAUAUGAAACAGAACAUUUCAAUGGUGUUGCUGAACUCCUUGAAAUAUUAGGAAGUAUUAUCAAUGGCUUUGCAUUGCCACUGAAAGCAGAACAUAAACAAUUUCUAAUGAAGGUUCUUAUUCCUAUGCAUACUGCAAAAGGAUUAGUUUUGUUUCACGCUCAGCUAGCAUACUGUGUUGUACAGUUCCUGGAGAAAGAUACAACACUAACAGAACCAGUGAUCAGAGGGCUGCUGAAAUUUUGGCCAAAAACAUGCAGUCAGAAAGAGGUGAUGUUUUUAGGAGAAAUUGAAGAGAUCUUAGAUGUCAUUGAGCCAACACAGUUCAAAAAAAUUGAAGAGCCACUCUUCAAGCAGAUAUCCAAGUGUGUUUCCAGUUCUCAUUUUCAGGUUGCAGAAAGGGCAUUGUACUUCUGGAAUAAUGAAUAUAUUCUUAGUUUGAUUGAAGAGAAUAUUGAUAAAAUUUUGCCAAUUAUGUUUGCCAGUUUGUAUAAAAUUUCCAAAGAACACUGGAAUCCGACCAUUGUAGCACUGGUAUAUAAUGUGCUGAAAACCCUCAUGGAAAUGAAUGGGAAGCUUUUCGAUGACCUUACUAGCUCAUACAAAGCUGAAAGACAGAGAGAGAAAAAGAAGGAACUGGAACGUGAAGAAUUAUGGAAAAAAUUAGAGGAGCUAAAGCUAAAGAAAGCUCUAGAGAAACAGAACAGCGCUUACAACAUGCACAGUAUUCUCAGCAAUACAAGUGCCGAAUAAAAAGACUACCACCCCUGCUGGAUAGACGGUUCUGUACACUUUUUGAAAUAUGUAAAAAUUGCAAAACAAACCUCAUCAGUAUAAUAUAAUUAAAAAGUCAGGGUUUUGUUUUUUUUUUUUCCUGGCAACUGUAAAUGGAAAGUAUAUGGAUUAAACACAGCCCUGUGUUCUAUCAUGGCCACAGUAUAUUGUAACCUUUGUCUAGUCAGUGAUUUGUGUCACUUCUGAAGUUUCACAGAAAUGAAUUUUAUCUUACGAGUGAGAUAAUUAUGGAAUUGGUAAGAAUUAUGACUUGAAUUCUUUUUGAUUGUGUUGCACACACAGUAGACUGCUCUGUAUAUUCUUCCCUUUCCUGAUGUGCUUUUUAACACUGCUGAAGUCCUUAGUUACAUCCUAGGAAAAAGUUUACUUCCUAAAAUAAACUAAGGUAUCAGCUUCCCUUUGUCCCUGCCCAGAAAUAUGCUGGGGGGAACUCCCUGCCCUAAGCUCCCUCAUUGAAGAUAUUCCUGUACUCUGGAAUUUGAGCAAAACCUUCAAGCUCCAGGCUUUCUAAAACACAAAAUAGAAAUCAAAGCUGGGAAAGUAAACCAAAAGUCUUGAGAUUGUUCAUUGUUCCUCAUGAACAUCCCUCUUCAUCUGCAACUCCCCAAGCGGUGAGCAGAGCCUGCCGCUCAGUUCAUUCCUCCUCUUCCUCUCAAAGGCUGAGGGCAGGGCCUUUCCAGGCCUCACAACCUGCCCUCCCCUAGUCCUUCCUGACCCCACGAGGGAGGCUUGGAGUCCCACCCUGUGGUGAUGCACAGUGCUAGUUGUCACUGCCUGGCUUUACUUAAAGGAAACGCAGUAAGCUUCCUCUGUCGAGAUCUUAAAGAGUUGCCUAUGUAGAGGUCUUCUAUGUUUUUACUUGGUCAAGUAUUUCUCACAUCUUUGUUAUCAGAGUACCAUUCCAAUCUCUUAACUUGCAGUUGUGUAGAAAACUGUUUUGUAAUGAAAGAUCCUCAUUGGAGGAUUGAGCAGCAUUUAAUAAAGUCUAUGUUUGUA